UGGUGCAGCAGGUCUCUUGAGCCUUUCCAGCCACCAUAGUUCUGGUGCUCUGAGAGGAAGACUGAGUGAUGGCUUCCAACUUCAACGAUGUGAAAGAGUUCUUAGCCAAAGCCAAAGAAGAUUUUCUUAAAAAAUGGGAAAAUCCUGCUCAGAAUACGGCCAAUUUGGAUCAGUUUGAACGAAUCAAGACCCUCGGCACGGGCUCCUUUGGGCGAGUGAUGCUGGUGAAACACAAGGAGACCGGGAACCACUUUGCCAUGAAGAUCCUGGACAAACAAAAGGUGGUGAAGCUGAAACAGAUCGAGCACACCCUGAAUGAGAAGCGCAUCCUGCAGGCUGUCAACUUUCCGUUCCUUGUCAGACUUGAAUUCUCCUUCAAGGACAACUCAAAUUUAUACAUGAUCAUGGAGUAUGUGCCUGGCGGGGAAAUGUUCUCACACCUGCGGCGGAUCGGGAGGUUCAGCGAGCCCCAUGCCCGCUUCUACGCUGCACAGAUCGUCCUGACCUUCGAGUACCUGCACUCGCUUGAUCUCAUCUACCGGGACCUAAAGCCGGAGAACCUUCUCAUCGACCAGCAGGGCUACAUUCAGGUGACAGACUUUGGUUUUGCCAAGCGUGUGAAAGGCCGCACCUGGACUUUGUGCGGGACCCCCGAGUACCUGGCUCCUGAGAUUAUCCUGAGCAAAGGCUACAACAAGGCUGUGGACUGGUGGGCCCUGGGGGUUCUCAUCUACGAGAUGGCUGCUGGCUACCCACCCUUCUUUGCUGACCAGCCUAUUCAGAUCUAUGAGAAGAUUGUUUCUGGGAAGGUGCGGUUCCCAUCCCACUUCAGCUCUGACCUGAAGGAUCUGCUGCGGAACCUCCUGCAGGUGGACCUUACCAAGCGCUUCGGGAACCUCAAGAAUGGAGUCAAUGACAUUAAGAACCACAAGUGGUUUGCCACGACUGACUGGAUUGCCAUCUACCAGAGGAAGGUGGAAGCUCCCUUCAUACCAAAGUUUAAAGGCCCUGGGGACACGAGUAACUUUGAUGACUAUGAAGAGGAAGAGAUCCGAGUCUCCAUCAGUGAGAAGUGUGGCAAGGAGUUUUCUGAGUUUUAGGGGUGUGCCUGCGCCCCCAAGGGUUUUCUUUCCUUUUUUGUGGGGGGUGGG